GCGGGACCAUGGACAGCAGUUUUGAUACCCUGGACGCGGCUGGUUUUCUACAGAUCUGGCAACACUUUGACGCAGACGAUAAUGGUUACAUUGAAGGAAAGGAGCUGGACGACUUUUUUCGCCAUAUGUUGAGGAAACUGGGGCCAGAGGAGGAGAUCACUGAGGAGAAGGUGCAGCAGGUGAAGAAGAGGUUCAUGUCGGCCUAUGACAUGACUGCCGAUGGACGCCUUCAGAUCCAAGAGUUCGCCAAUAUGAUUCUGCCCGAGGAAGAGCACUUCCUGCUCAUCUUCCGUAGAGAAGCUCCCCUGGACAACAGCGUGGAGUUCAUGAAGAUCUGGAGAAAAUAUGACGCGGACAGCAGCGGGUACAUCUCUGCUGCGGAGUUAAAGAGUUUUCUGCAGGACUUGUUUGCACGGCACAAGACAGAUGUCCCCUCCAGCAAACUGGAUGAAUAUACAGAUACCAUGAUGAAAAUUUUUGACAAAAACAAAGAUGGACGACUGGAUCUGAAUGAUUUAGCCAGAAUCCUGGCUUUACAAGAAAACUUCCUCCUGCAGUUUAAGAGUGACGCUAGCAGUAAAGAGGAGAGAAGAAGAGAUUUUGAGAAAAUCUUCGCCCACUACGAUGUUAGUAAGACGGGAGCCCUCGAGGGGCCGGAAGUCGACGGCUUUGUCAAAGAUAUGAUGGAGCUGGUGAAACCCAAGAUCACUGGUCCAGAUCUGGAUAAAUUACGUGCCAUUCUGCUACGACACUGUGACAUCAACCAGGAUGGAAAGAUCCAGAAGAAUGAGCUAGCCCUGUGUUUGGGAGUUAAGCUCAUAGUGUAG